CUGCAAGUCGUUCUGCCUCUUCUUUGGUUCAUCCCCCAAAGAUACAACCUACCUGCUUUGGACACCCUCGUGGUUUGUGACCGACUGUUCAGAGUCUCGAUAGUUAUCAUGUCCGAAGUCAAGCGACGCGGCAACGCUGCCGGUGCGGAAGCCGACGACCUCAAAGGAAAGGGUAAAGCGCACGAAGAGGAUCCAUUUGCCGUCCUCGCUGAGAAUGCGUCAGCUGAGCCGCUGAACAAUGAAGAGCAACAAAAGAUCAUUGAAGAGCUCCGAGAGCAAAACAAGAAAUGGAACUACAUUUACCGCAGCGCCGUUCUACUCAUGCAGGGCCUCUUGUUUAUCUUCUACUUCACUCCGCUCCCGUCGUAUAUUGCAGGGACACACCCGCAGAAUCAUCUCAUCGUCUUUUGGGGUAGCGGGCAAGGUACGCAUGAUGACUUAAUCUACCUGCCGGCGCUCCCGUUCUACAUUGCGUUCCUCCUCAUUCAAGGAGGACUCCUAUACAUGGUAGCUUUCGAGACGGCGGACGCGAUGGAAAUACCGGCCAUCAUCAAGCGCCGCAAAAGUUACGCCUUUCCCGCGCAGCCGCAUCCUUUCGGCACUGCUCCGAACUUUCUUGUCCCUCCACUGAGCCAAAUCAGAUGGGCUCCCAGCGGCGGCAGGGCCGAUCAAGACCAUACCGUAACGGAGGGCCAACGGAUCGCCGCGACCACCAGCCCAAGGCUGAUGUACCUCGUUGUCCUCUGCGUCGCCAGCCUACCUCUUCCGCUCAUGACCUUUGGCGCCGGUAGCUUUGGCAAUGCUGGCUGGUGGGCCCUAACACCUCUUGUGAUUGGAGUUACAUGCUGCAUCGAGCGAUCUAUCUGGUCCAGCGAACGCCAAACACAUGGACUUGCCGGCCUUCGCUACAAUUACAAGGGCGCUUGAGCGCAGGAAACUGCUUUAGUUACUUUAGGCACUCGUUGACGCUCGCUGCAUUUUCAUUGAACCGAUGAAAUUCGCGAUGCAUCCUGUAAACCUACAUGAUUGAAAGUCGAAAGACGAUGCCGUUCCGCG